CCGAGGACGGGCUCCGCAAGGCGGCUGGCGCCCCCGUGCUGCUCUUCUCCCGCGCCUCCGGCCUCCUCAUGGCAGGUCAAGUUCAAGAGGCCAUUCGGGAGUUUGAACAUAUUAAAAACAAACAAGAGGUGUCACUUUGCACAAUGAUGGCACUCAUCUAUGCCCACAAGAAGAGCUCUAAUCCAGAUCGAGAUGCUAUUCUGGAACUGGAUGCCAAAAUGAAGGAACAUCGUAAGACAGCAGGACAGCAGGCUUUGUACUUUGCAGGUUUGUUUUUGUGGCAUCUCGGCCGUCAGGAUAAAGCUCGUGAAUAUGUUGAUAGAAUGAUCAAAGUUUCUAAUGGAGAUAAAGAGGGAUUGAUUUUGAAAGCAUGGCUUGAUGUCACCUGUGGGAAAGAAGCCUAUAUUAAAAAAGCUGUGAAAUAUUUUGAUGAAGCAAUGCAGGAAGGGAUAGAUGUUUUUGCCCUGCUGGGUAAAGCACAAUAUUUUGAGGUCCGCCAAAAUUAUUCAGGAGCUUUGGAAACUGUGAACCAGAUAAUUGCAAAUUUCCCAAACUUCCUUCCUGCUUUCAUAAAGAAAAUGAAGCUACAGCUUGCUUUACAAGAUUGGGAACAGGCAGUUGAAACAGCACAAAGAUUGCUGCAGAAAGAUGCUCUUAAUUUGGAAGCCAUAAGAAUGGAAGUUCUUCAUUAUCUUUGUAGAGAAGGAAAUAUAACUGAGGCUGCAGCCAGGCUGGGAGACCUAAUUCAUGCACUGGAAAAACUUGAACCGCAUAAUCCUCAACUAUUUUGUAAAAUGGCACUAGCUUUCAGCAGAACAUGUGACCGGAACCAGCUCAUCCUUCAACAGACUCAAACCUUAGUUGAAAGAGCAUUUGGCUUGGCAUCACAUGAUGCAGAAAUUGCUACAGAACUUGGUUAUCAGAUGAUUUUACAAGAAAGAGUCAAAGAGGCUUUAAAAUGGUAUAAGACUGCUAUGACACUUGAUGAGACAAGUGUUUCUGCAUUGACUGGAAUUAUCCGUUGUCAGCUAAUAGAAGGACAGUUGGAAGAUGCAGAUCAGCAGUUGGAAUUUCUUAAUGAAAUUCAACAAAGCAUUGGGAAAUCUGGGCCUGCAAGUCCAGGACAGCCUCCUUCACCACUUCUCAAGCAGUGUGCCUCAGUUCUUGAAACUGUAGUAAAAACAGUGCCAGGUCUCUUACAAGCUGUCUUUUUGAUUGCAAAGGUGAAAUAUUUAUCAGGGGAUAUUGAAGCAGCUCACAGCAGCUUACAGCAUUGCCUUGAACAGAAUCCUUCUUAUGCUGAAGCUCACCUACUUAUGGCCCAGGUUUUUUUGGCCCAAAACAAUUUUAAACUCUGUUCUCAGUCUCUGGAACUUUGUCUGAGCUACAAUUUUGAGGUGAGGGAACACCCUUUAUAUCACUUAAUUAAAGCACAGACACAGAAGAAGAUGGGAGAAAUAUCAGAAGCUGUUAAGACCUUGCGAAUGGCAAGAAGUUUACCUGGAAUGAGGAGAUCUUCAGCUUCCUCAAAAUCAAAAGCAAAAAGAAUUGAAAUUGAUGCAUGUGACCGAGUGUCUGUUUUUCUUGAAUUGGUAGAUGCACAUUGUUUGAAUGGAGAACAGCAUGAAGCUGCUAAAGUACUGCAAGAUGCUAUUAAUGAAUUCUCUGGCACACCUGAAGAACUGAGAGUUGUGAUUGCUAAUGCAGACCUGGCCCUUGCACAAGGAGAUGUAGAACAAGCCUUGACCAUGCUCCGAAAUAUUACACCUGAGCAACCUUACUUUGUACAAGCCAAAGAAAAAAUGGCAGACAUUUACCUUCAGUACAGAAAAGACAAGAAGUUAUAUGCAAGCUGCUAUAGAGAUCUGGUAGAACAGUUGCCAAGUUCUCAUACUUUUCUUCUUCUUGGUGAUGCAUACAUGCAUAUUCAAGAGCCUGAAGAAGCCAUAGAAGUGUAUGAACAGGCUUUAAAGAAAAACCCCAAAGACGCAGCUUUGGCAAGUAAAAUUGGAAAAGCCCUAAUCAAAACUCAUAAUUAUUCAACGGCAAUUGGUUAUUAUGAAGCUGCAUUGAAGAGUGGUCAGCAGAAUUUCCUGUGUUAUGAUCUGGCUGAGCUGUUGAUGAAAUUGAGGCAAUAUGAAAAGGCAGAAAAAGUACUUCAGCAAGCUUUAGAUCAUGAACCAGUAAAUGAAUUAUCUUCUCUAAUGGAAGAUUGCCGUUACCAUGUUCUCCUAGCAAAAAUUUACAGCAAAAUGGAGAAGACUAAUGAAGCUAUUGUUUCAUUACAACAGGCUCGGGAGAUACAAGCCAGAGUACUCAAACGAGUUCAGAUAGAGCAAGUGGAUGCAGUUCCUACACAGAAGCAGCUGGCAGCUGAAAUUUGUGCAGAGAUUGCAAAACUUUCUACAGCCCAACGAAACUAUGAGAAAGCAAUUAAAUUUUACAGAGAAGCUCUUGUUCAUUGUGAAACAGAUAACAAGGUCAUGUUGGAACUUGCACGUUUGUACCUAGCACAAGAUGAUACAGAUGCCUGCCAACAUCAGUGUGCAUUGUUGCUUAAAAACGACCAAGAUAAUGAAGCAGCAACAAUGAUGAUGGCUGACCUCAUGUUCAGGAAGCAGAACUAUGAAGAAGCUGUAUUUCAUUUUCAGCAGCUCUUGGAAUGCAAGCCAGAUAAUUAUGCAACUCUGUCACGUUUGAUUGAUUUAUUAAGAAGAGCUGGGAAGUUAGAGGAAGUUCCAAGAUUUUUUGUAAUGGCUGAGAAACAUUCUUCCAGAGCAAAACUAGAGCCAGGUUUUCACUAUUGCAAAGGAUUAUAUCUUUGGUAUACUGGUGAACCAAAUGAUGCUCUUCGACAUUUUAAUAAAGCUCGGAAAGACAGUGAUUGGGGACAGAAUGCAGUUUAUAACAUGAUUGAAAUUUGUUUGAAUCCUGAUAAUGAAACAGUAGGUGGCGAAGUAUUUGAAAACCUGGAUGGUGACCUAGGUAAUUUGACAGAAAAGCAGGAGUCUGUACAGCUAGCUGUGAGAACAGCAGAAAAACUCCUGAAGGAACUCAAACCCCAUACCAUUCAGGGUCACAUUCAACUUCGCAUUAUGGAAAAUUAUUGUCUAAUGGCAACCAAACAGAAAUCAAAUGUUGAACAAGCAUUAAACACCUUUACUGAAGUAGUAGUUGCUGAGAAGGAUCAUAUCCCAGCUCUUUUAGGAAUGGCUACAGCCUACAUGAUAUUAAAACAAACUCCACGAGCCAGAAAUCAGUUGAAACGCAUUGCGAAAAUGAACUGGAAUCCCAUUGAUGCAGAAGAGUUUGAAAAGAGCUGGCUGCUGCUUGCUGAUAUUUACAUUCAAUCUGCAAAAUAUGAUAUGGCAGGUGAACUCUUAAAACGGUGUCUCCGUCACAACAGGUCCUGUUGCAAAGCCUAUGAGUAUAUGGGAUACAUAAUGGAAAAAGAACAAGCAUAUAAAGAUGCAGCAGUAAAUUAUGAGCUGGCGUGGAAGUAUGGAAACCAAACAAAUCCAACAGUAGGAUACAAGCUGGCAUUUAAUUACUUGAAAGGGAAGAGAUAUGUUGACGCUAUUGAUGUCUGUCAUAAGGUCCUAGAGGCACACCCGAACUACCCAAAGAUCAGAAAGGAAAUACUUGAUAAGGCCCGUGCAUCUUUAAGAACCUGAAACUUGUUUGAAUGGCUUACUAAUUUUUUUAAAUUUGUAAACAAUGAAUCUGAUGUUACAGUGCUAGGGGCCAUAUCAGUUCCUAAAGAUGGGGACUGCUUGAUACUUUAUCAACUCUCGUAUGCUGUUUCCCUUUGAGGAAAAAAGAGAUAAUUUCUUUAUAGCAGUGAGCUUGUUUUCUCUAGUAGAAAUGGAUCUAAUAAACUGAAGCACAAAUACUAUGUUAAUUAUACGUUUUUACUAGAUGGGAAACUAGAUGACAACUGGUGGCGAUCUUCCAACAGGAACUAUCUUUAAAUUUUACAAACAUGACCAGUGCUUGGCCAGUCCUCCUCCUCAACAGGAAGAAGUAUUGCUGUUCUAUGUUAAAAAAAAAAAAAAAAA